AUGGCUCAGUCAUCUAUUUUUUGUGGAUUAUUCAAGCGAGAUACAAUAUUAGGUGAUCAUUCCAACACUCAGGAUCAAAUGCAGAUUCUCGAAGAAAAAGAAGAAUAUGCAAUCACAAAAGAGCCCGAAGUAGUAUACAAGUCAAAUAAAAUGGUAAAGAAGUUGGACUCUGAUGUGACAAUUGAUGAUAUUACAAUGAUAGAUCCAGAUGAUAUUCGACAGCAAUUUUUAAAUUAUUUUGAAAAUGCUGAGAUUGAGCUUCCAAAAAAGCUACAGAUGAAUAAAGUAAAAACUUUGAUUGUUGUUAAAGAACUUUUCCAGGAAUCAUUUCGAUGCUGCCGUAGUACUUUAAAUGCCACACUUAAGGAGAGUUUUUAUGAACUAACUCAAUUACCUUUGCAAAAAGAGAGUUUAGAUGGCCAAUGUAAAGACCUUUCAGAUGUUUUUAAAGCAUACCAUUUCCUAUUAAAACACUCACAAGAUAAACUAAGAAGCAUUGAUCAAUACGCUAUUGAUCAAGUAAUAAGAUCUAUUCCUGGUGGAAUUUUGCUACCACAUGAUGAAGCCAUGGAAGCUAUUAAGAUUUGUUGGAAGAUGCAAUUGUUAGACGAGCCUUUCUUCAUUUGCCAACCAGAAGUGUUUAAUGAGAAUUGGCAUGAGAUUUAUUAUGAUAAUUCUGAUGGUGAACCUAAUUAUGAACUUGUCUAUUACAGACCAGUACUGAUAAAUAGUGCUGGAGGACAAGUGGCUUGCAAAGGAUUAGUAGGAAAAAGAAGAGGUAUAAAGGCUGUUAGUAGUAGUAAGCAGCUUUUAAAAGAAGAGAAUCCUAUAGUAGAAAAGUACAAUAAAGGAGGAGAUGAUCAACAAAAAUCUCAUCAAAGUAUUACAAAAAAACAAAAAAGAAGUAAGAAAAGAAGAGGGACAAAGCAGAAUUUUAAGGAAAAAAAGAUACGAACUAUGCUGAUUGAUGUUGCUACAGCCAUUACUAAUUUAUGUACUUCAUCAGCAGACCAUGACAGGAUUGAAGCUAUGUCAGCAAUGAAAAUGAUAAUUUUAAAAGAACCAAAGCCAAAAGUUUUAGCUACACUAAAAAAUGUAAAUGAAAUGUUAGAAAAAUCAAUGAAUUUUCAAGGCUAUGAAACUGCUGUCUAA